CAACACAAAAUUUCUGCUAUGGCAUCUUCCACCACAGCGAAAAUCCUUGGGUUCACCAGAAUCAAACCAUUCCCUGACUCACCAAAAUCAGCUGCUGAGCUCUCCCUUCCACUCACCUUCUUCGACAUUUACUGGUUCAAACUCCCACCAGUUGAGCGACUCUUUUUUUACCAACUGAACAACUCCACGCCUGCAUAUUUCAACUCAGUGAUCCUCCCAAAACUCAAGCAUUCCCUUUCUCUUACUCUCCUCCAUUACCUCCCUCUUGCUGGCAACCUCAAGUGGCCAUCAACUUCCCCUAAACCCAUCAUUUUAUACACUCCAGAUGAUGGAGUUUCACUCACGGUUGCUGAGUCCGCUGCAGACUUUAACCUUCUCUCAAGCAAUGGAAUCUACGAAGCUGUUGAGUUGCACCCUUUGAAACCUGCGCUGGUAACAUCAGAUGACUCUGCAUCAACUAUAGCCUUGCAAAUAACCCUUUUUCCAAAUAUGGGGUUUUGCAUUGGAAUAACUGCUCACCAUGCCGUUCUUGAUGGUAAAACCACAACCUCUUUCAUGAAAUCUUGGGCUUAUCUAUGCAAUCAAGGUUAUACAGAAAACUCUCCCUUGCCACCAGAGCUAACCCCAUUUCUUGAUAGGAGUGUCAUCCAAGAUGUUACAGGGCUUGACCUUGAUAUGCUAUACUUGAACCAGUGGCUAGCUAGUGUCGGGUCAGAUUCAGAUACUAAGGACAAAAGCCUGAAGAUUUUGCCAAACGAAGGAGAAGCUCCUAAUCUAGUUCGAGCCACAUUUAACAUCAGCCCUGAAGAUUUCAAGAAAAUGAGAGAAAGGGUAUUGGCUACAUUAUCUGAUAGCUCAAUACAGCUUCAUUUAUCAACUUUUGUGCUUACUUUUGCUUAUGUAACUAGUUGCAUCGUUAAAGCAAGAGGUGGAGAACGUGAUAGAACUGUUUGGAUUGGAUUCACAGCUAAUUGCAGGGCACGUUUAGACCCACCUGUCCCUGAAAAUUAUUUUGGAAACUGCAAUACCGUUUUCACAGAUUUAUCAAAAGCAAGAGAUUUCAUGGAUGAAAACGGGUUUGCAUUUGCCGCAAAAAGGGUAAGCAAUAUGGUUAAGAGAUUAAUAGACAAGGGGGUUUUCGAUGGAGCAGAAGAGAAGCUGAAACCCGUAUUCGAUGUUGGUAAGGAACCAGCAGGGUCAGUACAAGUUAUUACUGGUGGAUCGCCUCGAUUUGAUGUUUAUGGAUCUGACUUUGGGUGGGGAAGGCCCUGGAAGGUAGAGGUUGUAUCUAUUGAUAAAAAUGAAGCCAUUUCUAUGGCUGAAAGUAGAGGUGGGAGUAGGGGAGUUGAGGUUGGCUUGGCUUUGAAGAAACAUGAAAUGGAGCGUUUUUCUUCUAUGUUUCUCAAAGAUGUUUAACAAGAUAAUCAAGGUGAGAAAGAUGUUGAUUAAUUCAAUGGCAAUAGCCUUAGUGAUUAGUGGUUAAUUUU